AUGGCGGAGCACCUGGCUUCUAUUUUCGGCACCGAGAAGGACCGCGUCAACUGCCCCUUCUACUUCAAGAUCGGCGCGUGCCGCCACGGCGACCGCUGCUCCCGCCUCCAUAAUCGCCCCACAAUCUCCCCGACCCUCCUCCUCUCCAACAUGUACCAGCGUCCCGACAUGAUCACCCCCGGCGUCGACCCCCAGGGCCAGCCCAUCGACCCCCGCAAGAUCCAGGAACACUUCGAGGACUUCUUCGAGGAUAUCUACGAGGAGCUCCGCAAGUUCGGGGAGAUCGAGAGCCUCAACGUCUGCGACAACCUCGCCGACCACAUGAUCGGCAACGUCUACGCCCAGUUCAAGGAGGAGGACCAGGCCGCCGCCGCCCUCGCUGCCCUCCAGGGGCGGUUCUACUCCGGCCGCCCCAUCAUCGCCGACUUCUCCCCUGUCACCGACUUCCGGGAGGCAACCUGCCGCCAGUACGAGGAGAACAGCUGCAAUCGUGGCGGCUACUGCAAUUUCAUGCACGUCAAGAUGAUCGGCCGGGAGCUGAGGAGGAAGCUUUUCGGCAGGCACAACCACAACGGGAGGUACUGGGGGACCCGCAGCCGGAGCCGAAGCUCGAGCCCCCCUUCGAAUCACCACAGGCGGGAUCGGGACAGGGACAGGGAUUACGAGAGGCGGGACCACCGAGGUGGUGGCAGGAGGUCAGGAGGAGACAGGCAUGGUGGUGGGGGAAGGUAUGAGGGUGAGAGGAGAAGGCAGAGGAGCAGAAGUCCUGUGAGGGAAGGGAGUGAGGAACGGAGGGCGAGGAUUGAGCAGUGGAAUCGGGAGAGGGAGGAGAAGGAGCAGUGA